AUGGGAUCGUUGACGAUGUUAAUCUCAGUGUUCCCGUCGCUUUCACCUCUUGUUUUAUGUUGUUCAGUCGUUCUUGCAGUGGGCAUUGCGUGCCUGAUCCGUCACCAUCUGUUGCAUCUGAGGGAUGACGAAAUUUUUUACACAACAACUGGAAAGCUUUCUCGUCGACUUGGUUCCUUUGAAGAAUACUUCUUAGCGAGUGCCUCCGGAAGUAACAUUGGCUAUCUUAACACUGUGCUCCUGCUGGAAUCGAGGAUAAAACUUGAUGUAGGGCAUCUGAAGACGGCCCUGCUGAUGUUGUCCGAACGAUUCCCUUUAUUACGAAUGCGUGUAACAGUUGAUCAUUUGAACCAGCCAUAUUUUGAAGAGAUGGAAGACCCGCAAAGUUUGGAAUUUCAAACAAGAAUGGACGUAGAUUCAGAAAACUGGAUGAGUGCGUUUGACGAACAUAUCAAUUGUGCACCAUUUCACACUGAGAAAGGGCCUUUGUGGCGUGUAAUACUACUCAGGGAGACUACUGCACGUAAAGGUGAAGGAAUUCUCUACAAAAAUUCAUUGUUGUUUACUUUCCAUCAUAUUAUUUGCGAUGCCCGAUCUGUGUUUGAAUUUAAAAACAAACUGCUGCAAUUCCUAGGCGCACUGUACAACGGGAAGGCUAUGAAAGUUGAAACUCUAGCGUUUCGUCCAACACUCGAGCGCAUGACAUUGAAUCUAACUGAACCAAAUAUCUUGGAAAGACUUCAUAUUCCGCUGUUCGUGUGGUUCAGUAAGCUAAGCGCUAUGAUUCGUAAACCCAAGAUGGCAAAUUUAUAUUUAUUAAAGUUUCCUCCAAAUGUUCGUGAUUCACUGGCACGGACCACGCACGCAAUACCUCGAUGCUUAACUAAAGAACAAACAAUGGCUUUAGUAAGUUGCUGUAAGGCCAAUGGUUGUACAGUGCAUGGCGCUAUUACUGCAGCAACUCACUUAGCCAUGAAACAAAUCAUUGACCUGGAGCAAACUGAACGAAAGCUCCCGUUAUUGUUUGACAGUAAUUAUACUGUUGACAUCCGAAAACAAUGCAAGCCCCAAGUUGGAAGAGAAGAGUUUGGGCUGUAUGCAAGUUUCGACACACUUCAAUUAGAAGUUGCAGGAACAGAGGAGUUUUGGGAUUUCUCUCGCACAUGCACCGAAAAAAUUCACCUUAAAAUCAACUCAGGAGAACACAUGAAUGUUUUGAAAUUCAUACAAUGUGCGAAUGUACAGUCAAUAUGGGAGUUAUUUUGUACUGAAACCAGAUAUGGACAACGGAAAGAACUAUUCAACUUGACAAAUCUUGGAGUUCUGUCCAUUGAUCAAGAAAUGAAAUCUCCCCAUAGAUUUGCUGGUGCAUAUCUUGCUUUACAAAGUGCAAAGCUGCCUUCUGUCACUGGACAUGAAAUUUUCACAGUAAAUGAUCAUUUGUAUUGGACAGUGGAAUAUUGUCCUGAAAUCAGUACAAGAUCUCAAGCAGAAAACUUUGUUGACUUAUCACUUGGUAUCCUCAUGGAUGCCUGUAUUUCUUAG